UGGCUGCCUGGUUGCUGUGGACGCCUCGUUGUCUCACUCGUUUUGUCCUGCACACCGAGUCUUCAGUCCUGACGGGGAAGAAUCUACGUCUGAACGCCUUCGGCUUGACUUGAUGAACGAGCACCUGUGUUGUGGGGCAUCACCUGGACUCACCUGCCGCCCGAGCUGCCGAUACAAAGGCCUGGCUGGGAGAAAUCUCAAGCCACAUGUGACAUCAAGAUCAAGAUAAGAGUCGACCAAGACCAGGACCAAGUAGGAGGUAAACAAACGCACGUGCCGCGCUCGUAGCACGUCACACCAGGCCCAGGGCAUGAGCAAGCUGGAGUGAUGGCCUCCAGCUCCAAGCAGCAGUGCCGGGUGUGUGGGGGCGAGUCCUUCACCACCACCCACGGCCUGAAGGUGUGUGACCAGUGUGGGAGGCAAGAGGAGCACUACAUUGAGCUGCUCAGCCAGGAAACUGUCGGAGAGGUGGAUCGUUCCCGCCUGAUCAAGACUCGCAUGCAUAACCCUGACGGGGAAGAUGUUGCCCCUCCCCCUCAUGAGAAAGAGCCAAACAACUGGACUACUUUUGAGGCCUACAACUGUGUCUUGUAUGAGUGGACCAAGGCCAUGGUCAAGCUUGGGGCAUCACCAAAGUUUGGGCCAGUUGUCUUCAAGCUGUGGGUCGCUUACCUGCAGCGCAGAAAGAUCGCCUUCAUGCCGGUAAAAAGAAAAUAUGUCCGAACAUCUCUGAAAAACACCAGAGACGUGAAGCUUAUUCAUGAGGGGGUUGAGUCUGUGUGUAGCAGUUCACUUCAUUCUUACCGACUGCGAAAGAAAAAGAGAAAGAAAAAACCCACCAAGCUGGAUAAGAUAAAGGAUAAGAUUGAGUGGAGGAAACGGCAGGAUGAGAUGAGGAAAAAGAAGGAUUCAAGUUUCAUGAACAAAACACUUGCCAAUGAGCUCAGCAAAUCACUGAAUGAGUUUGAAGCGUCCAUGCUGUCAGACUCCGGCACAUCCCUCAGCUCCUCUUGUGGCAGCGGGUCAAGAACAAAGACAUCAGGCAAGAGCGAGCCAUCGUCCUGCAAGGAUGGAAGCAGCCACCUGAGCUCCUAUGGCAAGGGCUCAGACACAGAAAGGGAACCUCCACCCUGCCUGAGAAAAAAACAGAUUCGCCGUGAUAAAGUCAUCAGAAAUUGGAUUAAAGAAACAGCAAAAAUAUAUAGAUCAGAUUCAGAGGAAGAUCUACAACAGGAGGAGGAAAAAGAAGUAGAAAAAGAGGAAACUGGUGAAGGAAAACGUUCAAGAGAAACUGAUGAUACAGAAGAAGCUGAACACCAAGACUCAGGGGUGAAAGCAAAGAGAAUCUGUGGGCCCAAGCGAAGAAUAGUUUCAUCCAAAAGGCCAAGAAAAACUCUUGAGGUUAAGAAACGUGAAAAUAAAAAACACAUGAGGAAAGCAGAGAAAGCCUCGGAGAGAGUCAUCCGUCAUCGCACCUCCACACUGCCCUUUGUUAUGAGUUUCUCCAAGCUGCUGGCCCUGCUGUACCUGGCUGUGCUGCUGGCCGAGGAGGAUAUCCUUCUCUCAGACAUUAUUAGGUGGUGUCGAGAAGGCCACAUCCCUUACUACUCUGCUCCGUACCUCCUUCGGCCGAACAUGGAGGUGGGCUACUAUGACCUCGCGAUGUUCAAGAACUGCAAGAACCUUCCCAACGCCAAGGAAGUACAGACCAUGGCUGGGCGGCUGGCAGUGUACCUCAGCCUCCAGUAUGUGCCUCUUCCAGCCAUGGGAGGCAUCCUGAAGAAGUUUGUGAAGGUGUUAAACUUGCCAGAGGAAGUCACAAAUAUUGCUGAAAAGUUAGCCAGGCUGGUAGAGGACAGGAAAUAUCAUACCCUGGCUGUACCGCCUGUUGAAAGCCUGGCGAUGGCAUCUAUUAUUAUGGCACUGAAGAUGUUUUGUGGACUGGACAACCACACAGAGGUCAUCCUGUCCCAAGCUGUUGAUGUCGUCAAAACUGAACUACCAGACUACACAAUCAUCACUCCCUUCUCCUGGCAGGACUGGCAGAAGUACAUCUCGCGGCUCCUGUGGGUCUGCUGCAAUGUUGACCCCUCUGCAGCCUUCCACUGGCAGCCACUCCAUAAGGUAUGCCACUUCAGUCCAGAGGUGUUCUCAAAAUACUUCUGGAGCGAGGGCAUGUGGAGAAUUCCUCGCACCUCUCGUAAGAAAAAGGCAGAGUUACAGCUACUAGUAGAGGAACUCCUGGAGCAGCAGGGACUCAAACUGGAGGAGGUGGUGAUGCAGCCCCCACUUUUUAAUCCCUCACGCCAGCCCCUUUGCAGCACCAUUGAGCAGCUCCUCCAGAGGGACUGUGCCACUGCAAGUAAAGAAACACUGAGAUAUAUCCAGGUGGCUGAGGAGCUGAAGAAGGAGUCCUUUGCCAAGCACACUCUUUACUGGGUGGAUGACAUUGACCACAUAUCCUCAGAGCUGCACAAAUGUGACUCAAAGACCAUGCUGUAUCUGACCAAGAGGAUGGGAACUGUCAACCUCACAAAUGUUGAGGAUCCCAAUGUAGUUCAGCCCAAAGAAGAUCAGGCAAGGAAUGAAAAUGUACAAAAUACACUUCAAGUGUUGUUUGUUCCUCAUCCACUAACACACUACUGGAAGCUUAAUCUCAAAAAGUAUUCCACCUGGGAGAAGGUGUCCCCCGGCCUGCCAUCCACCUUCAAGUGGCUGGUGUGUGUUGGGAGCAACUUGUGUGAAGCCCCUAAGAUGCAGAUUCUUUCACUGCUGGGCCUGAUGCAAAUCAAAAUUAAAGCUAAAAAGUGUUCAUGAGCGAGUUUGUUGUUUUCUCUCCCUUUUCUACUUCAGAGUUCAGAGGGUGCUGGAUGUGCUUGAAUCUAAAGAAUAAUGCACAAUUUUCCAUCUGCGAGCAGUCGGUUGUGGAAUAAAGUCAACAAUUUUUAAAAA